AUGAGUGCCCCCGACCCAGCCGAGCAACCGCUAUCGAACAUGUCGUCUAUCCCCGAUGCCGUAAUGACAGACGCGGAUGCAGACGGCGGGCCAGACGCGGUUGCAGACGGCGGGCCAGACGCGGUUGCAGACGGCGAGACCGAACCUUCCCAAGCCGCACCGGCAGCCGCAACACCAGGAAACCAAUCGCACGCGCAAGAAGAGCAGCAAGAACAGAUUAUCACCCAAAUGAUUAUGGGCUACGAACGAUAUUCAUCGCACCUCAUGGGAAAGCUCAAGCAGGUGAACAAGAUCAUAGUCAAGCUCGACGCCCAAUACAACGACAUGAGAGCGAGGCUGAAAGGCGAAUCCUUGGCUGCCACCGGUCCUCCAAGCAUCCCAGCGCUUGUAGAUGACUACACCCUCCCGUCGGCACAUGAGCUGGACAAGAUCGAGCGCCUUCUGCGCCUGCGUGCCUUCUUCGACAUCCUACUCACCUGCCAGCAAGUGGGCACAGCCCUCCAAAACGCCCUGCAGGACGCCCGUGCCGCGCUGACGCCCUGCCACUGCGUCAACACGUACCGGGCGAACCUCGCCCGUCUCCUGAAAGAGCAGCGCCUUCCAGUUCCUCGCCAACAACAAGAAACGACAGCGACGGCAGGAACGGGCCCAUCCUCCACCUGCUCCGCCCCGCAACACCACCCCAACGGCUCCGGCACCAUCCACGAAUUCGCCACCACCGCCGACCUCCGCGCCGCCCUAGCCCGCGACCACAUCGCCUGCCUCAACGCCAAAAGGGACCUCCGCGCCGCGAUCCUCGCCAUCAGGUACGUCGAGGAGCAGCAACAGCCGCCGCCGCCGCCGCCGCCCACCACCCGCAGCACAGACUCCGCCAGCAACAACACAACAUGGUGGUCGCCCACGCUCAACUGCCUCACCACCUCGCCCCCAACCCACCCGCCUCCUCGCUCCCCCUCCCCCACCCGCACCCUCACCCUCGCCCUCACCAACCUCCAACGCUUCGAUCACGCCCUCCGCCGCAACGAGACGCUCAUCAACACCGUCACGAGAACAACAACCGCUCCGCCCCCGCCCCAACCAUCGGCCCAACCGUCGCCAUCGCCCCGCCCACCCCUCGAAGCCCGCAUGGCCGCCCACCACCGCCGCGCCGUGUCGGCCGCCUUCGCCGAGUACGACGACGCGGUGGCCAUCGGGAUGGGGCCCGACGCCGAGCACGGGGGGCUGCGGCAGAAGAAGCGGGAGCUGGUGUGGGCGUGUGUGGAGUGGCAGGGGUGGGUGGCGAGGCGGGAGAUGGCGGGGCUGAGGGGCGUGUUGAGGGGGGUGUGGGGGGUGUGCGGUGAGCACUGA